GUAAAGGUAGGAAGAGUACUUCCUGGAAAGGUUCUCAGUUAUGGCCGAAUCCCAGCUCAUGUGCAUGGACGAUGGCCAUGUCAAUGAAACUAUACCGGAGUCCAAACCCGAGUACUACUACAGCGAAGAACAGCGGGCGGCGAUCGAACAGCUCCUGACGAACGGCGACGGCGCGUUCAAGAUGCGGCUGAAAGAGGAUAAAGUUAAGGACUUUCUCUCCGCCCGCGAGAUUAAGCGGAUCCGCGAUACGCUUCGUGAAUAUGAAACGCACGGCGAGACGGACAAAGCUAAGUCCGGAUCGACGAAGGAGUCCAAAGCGGACUCCGGUGUUCAUUCCACGUACUGGCCCGAUCUUUCCGAUACAGAGAUUCCGCCUCUUGACAUCGGCUGGACGGAGGGGGGGCUCUACAAAGCGGCGACGCGAGUUGCCGUGCACACGCACCCUGCAAAGCAGAACGGACCUCACAUUAAAGAGGUGGUUCGUAGACUGAUCCAAGAAUCCAACAAGGUGGUGGCGGUGGUCAUGGACCUCCUCACAGAUCUGCUGAUCCUGCAGGACCUGCUGGACGCCGCGGCCAAGCGGAGCGUGGCCGUCUACAUCAUCCUGGACUCCCCUGGCGUUCCGCACUUCCUGGACAUGUGCAGCCGACUGCAGGUGGGACCCAUGCACCUCCGGAACUUGCGGGUUCGGAUGAUGGAUGGCUGUGGCCUGGCCCUGCCUCAGGGGAGGCUGCCCGGGGCGCUCUGCAGUAAAUACAUGCUGGUGGACGGAGACAAAGUCAUGUUCGGAUCCUACAGCUUCACCUGGUCCACGUCCCGCAUGGACAGGAACGUCAUCACCGUCAUGACGGGCCAGGUGCUGGACGUCUUCGACCGGGACUUCCGCGAGCUGUACGCCAUGUCGGCGGGCGUGGACCUGUACAAGGAGUUCCACGUCACCAAGCCGCCGAAGCCCCUGCCCGUGCGGCACGCGCCCAGCCUGCGCACCUCCACCGGCGUCUACACCUCCCGCUUCCAGGUCUCGCUCGGCGACUCGCGCCAGGCCAACUUCAAGGUGCCGGCGCACAAGUACCACAACCCCAAGUACCUGCUGGUGGUGGGCAACACGGCGGCGGCGGCGGCCGCGGCGUCCGGCGCCCGGGGCUCGCUCCCCGACCUGUCCUCCCGCCGCGGCUCCCUGGGCGGGCAGAGCGCCUUCAACGUCAUGGAGCGCUUCCUCCAGAGCAGCGGCGGCAGCGAGAUGCCGGAGGAGCCGGGCCCGCUUCCGGCCUCCGCCGCCCCGGCCGCCGAGCACCGCGCGAAGGACGCCAGGCGGCCCAACGGCCCCGCCGAGAAGAAGCGGAGCUCCUUCAGGCUCUUCCUCAAGGGCAAGGGCGCCCAGCCCAGCGUGCCGGAGGAGGGCGAGCUCACGCCCACGCCGUCCGGCGCCGCCUCGCCCACGCGCCGGGGCCCCGGCGCCUCGCCGGAGGACAGCUUCGAGGAGAGGCCGUCGCAGCCGAAGGUGAAGACCAAGAAGAAGGUGCUGCACCAGAGGAGCGUCUCCCUGCAGGCCGUCAACCUGGACGACGAGAGUGUAAAAGGUCGGCAGCGAAAAGGAAAGAAGAACUGCAUUCAGUCCUGAGAUGGAGGAGGAGAGAGAGAGGAAGUGACAGAGGGAGAGAGGAAGGGGGAGGGGGGG